UGAGUUACGUGACCCCUCUUCGUAUCAUCAAAUGUGCUUAAACCUUGCCUUUGGUUUCAUACAUACAAUAUAUUUUCUCUCUCUCUUUUGGUCAGAAAGAUGCCGAAUUGAAGCGCUUUAUUUUCUAUUUCCCCAUGUUGAAAACUUGAGAUUGUUCCAUCUUCUAUGGCAUCCUUCUCCAUCACUGGCCCCAUUAAAUGCAAAACAAUUACCUCCUUUUCUCAACUGUCCUUUUCUACUACCUAUGCUACUUGUAAUGUCUCCAUUUCUACAAAGCUAACAACAAAACUUCUUGCACAUGCCAAUUUUCAUUCUUCAUUUCCAUACCAAUCCUCAUGCCAUGGAACUUUGUUUUCUCAGAACCAGAGAGGCUUGUCCCUCGUUGCCUUUCAUUCUGAGAACUCGGAUUCAGAAGUGGAAGAAGAUAACCACACCCUGGAAAAAGUAAUGAAGUUGUACUCUGCCUUCAAGAACAAAACAACACACGAAUUAUCUGCAGAUGAACGCCAACGUGUCAGCAAUUUCCUCUCAUUCUUCGAAGCCUUCCAAGGAAGAACGCAAGUCUUGGAAUUUUUUUCUUAUCUGACGUCUGUGUUUGGAAACAACAUUCAAAUUAUACUGAAACCGACUCCGAAUGACGGCAUCAAUGUUGGUCUCCAAUGGAGAUUUGACUGGGAAAAGAUACACCUUCCCCUUUGGAAGGGUUUCAGCUUACACAUAAACCAUUCUUACCACGGCAAGGCUGUAAUAAGGAAUAUUGAGAUGUUUAUGGAACCACUACGCCACUUGAAACCAUUCGGAUUGAAAACGAAAGUAGGUGUUGGAGAAUUGAUGCAGAAAAUGGGAUCAUUUAUGGUGUCAGGAUCAAGGAAUAAGGCUAAACGAAUUUUGUUCCUGGUGCUGGCUGUCUUGUCCCUAGCUGCUUUCUUAUUCUUCAUGAAACUAGCUUCAUAAAAAACGGUGUCAUGGUCAAUUUUACUACAAAAAAUAACAGUUUGCCUUUACCAAGGAAACCUUCUGGGCAAGAUUAGGACCUACAAUCAACAUAUUCAGUUAUUAUAACGAAAAAAUCAUAAUGGGAAAAUAGUGUAUGAAUUUUAAAAGAACUUUAACAUAUAUCAACGAGAAAUUAAGUUUUU